CCUGUCCAAUCCAAUGCAUCACAGUUCACUGAAAAACAAAAACCAAGGACAUUUUCGCCAUCUUGAGUUUUCGCAUUUUCCGAUGCCGAUAUAAUCAUCCCAUUCGGCCAAUGCUCCUCCCUUCCCCCUCUCCUCUCUCCAAGAGCCAAAGUCAAGAUUGUAUAACGGAAGCUCCAGUUCCCAGUCAGUGUUUGUUUUUGUGAUCACGAAAAACCGCGACUUCCCCUAUACGCCCAUAACGCUCUUCUCUAUCCUACGCUCAGGUGCGCACCGCCUCCUCCUCAUCUCUACGUGUCGCCACCACCUUCCUUCUCCUUCUUACGUGUGCGUCUCUUAUAGGAAGCACGUGCCUCCACGCACCCAUCCGUGCUCGUUAGCCUCAACCCCACUGGCUUUCUUCCUUCUUUUCAUCGUAUUAUAAUAUUGAUAUUUCAGUUGUAUUCUUUCUCCCCGCACUCUGCAAUCAAAAUUACUGAAAACUACUGUCCCCUUCCUUUCACUUCCAAAACCAUUUGUUCCCGCGGUUUCGCCUCGAUUGAAUCAAUAUAUCUCGAUACUAAAGCCAAAACUUUACGUUGCUUUCAUGUCGAUUCAUUGAUUUUCUUCGUUUUUUUUUCUUUAGAGCUAGUUCUCGGGGUCCUUUGAUUGGCAGGAGUUGUACGGAAUGAGAAACUAGUUCCUUCCAUAGGUACGAACGGGGAACGAGGGAAGAACCGAGGAAGGAGAAGAGAUAAAAAAAAAAGUGUGAUAUUGUGAGUCCCCUGUGGUGUGAAAAUGCCUCAUCGAGCGACUUACUUCUUCCCCAGGCAAUUUCCCGAUCGUGGGUUCGAUGCGUCUACGAAGCAACUAUUGGAUCACGAGAAAAAGCUCGCUAAGGAAACAUCAGCCACUACAACAGCAGCUGUAACGAGCAACUUUGCUGAAAAUGACCGCAAUAACACGAUCUCAAGGACAGCUCCCAAAGACUUUAAGCCGCCAGCUGUUGCUAAGACCAACGGCAAGGACGACUAUUACUCCCCGCUUUCUGAUCUUUUCACGGACGAAAAGCUGCACGCACAAAAGCAGCAGCUCGCCGCUUUCCGCGAUUGGUUCGUCGAGAAAAAAACGAGUACCGACCGACCACGUCACGUGAAACGGUCGUCUCGACGUGUCCCUUCGAGUACUACCGAUCACGAUGAAGAUGAAGAUCGCCGGUUGUUAUUAGCUCCGGAACCAGCUCCGCCGUCGACGCCUUCUCCUCCUUCCCCCCUUCCGGCGCCUGCCACUGAAAUCACAGCCGUCGUUGAUGACCGUAGUGUUGACCAAAACUUUGACCGGCAGGUAUCGCUGCCAAGGUUCUCGAGUGGUAGUAGCUAUGCUGGGAGUUUGUUUUCCGCUACGACAUUGGAUGGCAACUUGUCGAGUGAUGUUAAAGAUACAUGGACUAAGGAGACAUCAUCGACCACCGUGCCGGCGACCGGGGAAGUCGAGGCACAGGAGGAAGCUAAAGAUAACUUAGCGCUCAAGUCAAAGGAAAGUUAUUAUUUACAGGUUAUGCUGGCUAGGAGGCUUACUUCUCAAGCAAGUCUACUCGGCGAACCUUUGCUUUUACAAUGCAGUGGACCGGGUGUCGUCGAUGCAGAAACUGUUUCUUAUCGUCUUUGGGUUAGUGGCUGUUUAUCAUACAACGAUAAGAUAUCAGAUGGCUUUUACAAUAUUCUUGGGAUGAAUCCAUAUCUAUGGGUAAUGUGUAAUGAGUUGGACGAAGGCAGACGCUUGCCACCUUUGAUGUCUCUUAAAGAAAUUGAACCAAGCGAGACGUCAAUGGAGGUUGUACUUGUUGACAGACGCGGUGAUUCGCGCCUCAAGGAGCUUGAAGAUAAAGCACAGGAAUUAUAUUGUGCUUCAGAAAAUACCUUAGUGUUGGUCGAGAAGCUUGGAAAGCUUGUUGCAAUAUACAUGGGAGGAUCUUUUCCUGGGGAACAAGGGGAUCUUCACAAACACUGGAAAUUGGUUAGUAGGAGAUUGAGGGAUUUGCAGAAGUGUAUUGUGCUCCCAAUUGGUAGCCUAUCAAUGGGACUUUGCAGGCAUCGUGCAAUCCUCUUUAAGAAAUUGGCGGACUAUAUCGGUUUACCAUGCAGGAUUGCUCGAGGAUGCAAAUAUUGUGCUGCCGAUCAUCGUUCUUCAUGCCUCGUCAAAAUCGAAGAUGACCAGCAAUCACCAAGGGAAUAUGUAGUUGAUCUAGUUGGGGAGCCAGGAAAUAUUCACGGUCCGGAUUCCUCCAUCAAUGGAGGAUUCCUUUCUUCAAUGCCUUCGCCAUUUCAAAUUUCUCAUCUAAAAGAGUUCCAGCAACCUGACAUGGAUACUGCACCGUGUUGUCAGAUAAAAGAUUCGAAGAAUUCACAUUCUCUUUGUGAGAAUCCUCUACUUUCCGGUGGCAUUGAGAAAUCUCAACAAUUUAAGAGCAACGGCUUGCUUGAAAGUCAAAAGGAACCAAUUUUUACACCAAUUGAUCAAGACUGUCUUGGAAAGGAAUCAUUGAUGACUUUUGAAGCUACAGCCGUGACAACGGUGCAUCAAAUUUCUAAACCCCGUGGAGACGAAGUCGCCGUAGAACAAACUCUUGGAAAUGAGAUUGUUAUAUCUGGUACCUCAGUGGUGAAAAGUGUGAAGCAAUUGAAAGGUAACUUGCCUAGUCAGUCGGAUCUCGAGGAGAUCGGGGUUGAACUUGAUAGCCGAGGUAGAUUCUCUGCUGUAACCAUUCCAAGAUAUGUAAAUCUUGAACCUUCUCUUGCAAUGGAUUGGCUUGAGAUUUCAUGGGAUGAAUUGCAUAUUAAGGAACGCAUCGGUGCUGGUUCAUUCGGAACAGUACAUCGUGCUGAGUGGCAUGGAUCGGAUGUUGCAGUCAAAGUUUUGACUGUCCAAGAUUUUCAUGAUGAUCAGUUGAAGGAGUUUCUAAGAGAGGUUGCUAUAAUGAAACGUGUUCGACAUCCAAAUGUGGUCCUCUUCAUGGGUGCUGUCACAAAGCGUCCUCAUCUGUCAAUAGUGACAGAGUAUCUGCCAAGGGGUAGUUUAUACCGCCUCAUUCAUAGGCCAACUGCUGGGGAAACACUGGAUCAGAGGAGGCGAUUACGGAUGGCACUGGAUGUGGCCAAGGGGAUCAACUAUCUACAUUGCCUUCGUCCUCCCAUAGUUCACUGGGACCUUAAAUCACCGAAUCUGUUGGUUGAUAAGAACUGGACAGUAAAGGUGUGUGAUUUUGGAUUGUCCAGAUUCAAAGCGGGCACUUUUAUAUCAUCAAAAUCUGUUGCCGGAACACCCGAGUGGAUGGCUCCGGAAUUCCUUCGUGGAGAGCCUUCAAAUGAAAAAUCCGACGUUUACAGUUUCGGAAUAAUCUUAUGGGAGCUUGUGACCAUGCAACAACCUUGGAGUGGACUCAGUCCUGCUCAGGUGGUUGGUGCUGUUGCUUUCCAAAACAGAAGGCUGGCCGUUCCUCCGAAUACUUCUCCAAAGUUGGCUUCCCUCAUGGAAUCUUGUUGGGCCGACGAUCCGGCUGAACGGCCGUCAUUUGCUAACAUAGUAGAAGCACUAAAGAAGUUUCUCAAGUCACCGUUGCAGUUGGUGCAAAUGGGAACUCAAUGACCGAGUGGCCCUUAACGGCCAUUCCUACUGUGAAAUAGUUCGAAUAAAGCCGAUUCCAGGGAUCUAUUUUUUAACCUUGCAGCAAAGCAACUCUUGGACUUGGCUGUAUAAUGUUAUUCCACUAACAGAGCUACAACUGUAGAUGCCUAUCUUACUAACCUGUUUGGAAGGCAGUUAAAAUCCCAUCUUAAAAAACAAAAAACCUAUAAAUAAAAAUCACAGCAAACUAUUACCUGACUUUGCUGUGUUAAAACUAAAAACAGGUUUUGUUUUUGAAAACCAUGGGGGAUAGAAUGUCUUCCAACAUAAAAUGGCUAUACUCAGUGUGUAAAUCCGAAGGGGUUUAAAAUUUCGGAAAUUUACCUUUGAUAAUAUAAUAAUUUUAUUAUGUAUUUUCCUUUGUAAAACCAUGGGUUGUAUUUGGGCUGUAAUCAGUCAAAAGAACCAAACUUGAAGGUAUGAUAUAUAUAUAUAUGCUUUCUACUA